CGAGCGCCGGCAUUGAGGAGUAGUAGGUCAAGGGGAAGCUGUAGCCAUGGCUGUGGCCGUGGCUAUGGCGGGGGUCGUAACUGGGUCGGAGCCAGGCCCCGCGGAAGAACUCGCUAAACUCGAGUAUCUGUCUUUGGUGUCGAAAGUUUGCACCGAGCUGGACAAUCAUUUGGGGAUCAACGACAAGGACCUAGCUGAAUUUGUGAUCAGUCUUGCUGAGAAAAAUACAACUUUUGAUACUUUCAAGACUUCUCUGGUCAAAAAUGGUGCAGAAUUUACGGAUUCUCUUAUUAGUAACUUGUUGCGUCUCAUACAAACCAUGCGGCCUCCAGCAAAGCCUUCUACUAGCAAAGAUCCAGUUGUUAAACCCAAAACUGAAAAAGAAAAACUGAAGGAACUCUUCCCAGUCCUUUGUCAACCAGACAACCCUUCUGUUCGGACAAUGCUGGACGAGGAUGAUGUGAAAGUUGCUGUGGAUGUCCUGAAAGAACUGGAAGCUUUAAUGCCCAGCGCAGCAGGCCAGGAGAAGCAAAGAGACACUGAGCACCGGGAUAGGACAAAGAAGAAGAAGCGGAGUCGGAGCCGAGAUCGAGACCGAGAUAGAGAACGAGAUCGAGACCGAGAUAGAGACCACAAGCGGAGACACCGAUCCCGCUCUCGAUCACAUUCCAGGACCCAGGAAAGGAGUAAAGGGAAGUCUAGAUAUUGGUCCAGGAGCAGGAGUCAGAGUCCUCCUAAAGACCGGAAGGACCGGGACAAAUAUGGAGAAAGGAAUCUGGACAGAUGGCGGGAUAAGCAUGUGGACCGCCCUCCCCCUGAAGAGCCUGCCAUCGGGGACAUUUACAAUGGCAAAGUUACCAGCAUCAUGCAGUUUGGAUGUUUUGUACAGCUGGAGGGAUUAAGAAAGCGGUGGGAAGGCCUGGUACAUAUCUCUGAGCUCCGGCGAGAAGGCCGUGUGGCCAAUGUGGCUGAUGUGGUGAGCAAAGGCCAGAGGGUCAAGGUCAAAGUGCUGUCCUUCACUGGGACCAAGACCAGCCUGAGCAUGAAGGAUGUGGAUCAAGAGACUGGAGAAGAUCUAAACCCAAAUCGACGAAGAAAUCUUGUUGGGGAGACCAACGAGGAGACCUCAAUGCGUAAUCCGGACAGACCCACUCACCUCUCCCUUGUCAGUGCCCCUGAAGUAGAGGAUGACUCGCUGGAGCGCAAGCGCCUCACCCGCAUCUCUGACCCAGAGAAGUGGGAGAUCAAACAGAUGAUUGCUGCCAAUGUGCUUUCCAAAGAAGAGUUUCCAGAUUUUGAUGAAGAGACUGGCAUUCUCCCUAAGGUGGAUGAUGAAGAAGAUGAGGACCUUGAGAUUGAACUGGUUGAGGAAGAGCCUCCAUUCCUGAGAGGGCACACCAAGCAAAGCAUGGACAUGAGCCCCAUUAAAAUUGUUAAGAACCCAGAUGGCUCCCUCUCCCAAGCAGCAAUGAUGCAGAGUGCCUUGGCCAAAGAAAGGCGGGAACUGAAGCAGGCCCAGCGGGAAGCCGAGAUGGAUUCUAUUCCUAUGGGACUCAACAAACACUGGGUUGAUCCUCUGCCUGAUGCGGAAGGUAGGCAGAUUGCUGCUAACAUGAGGGGUAUUGGGAUGAUGCCCAAUGACAUUCCCGAGUGGAAGAAACAUGCCUUUGGGGGCAACAAAGCUUCUUAUGGAAAAAAGACCCAGAUGUCAAUCAUUGAGCAGAGGGAGAGCCUGCCCAUCUACAAACUGAAGGAGCAGCUGGUCCAGGCUGUCCAUGACAAUCAGAUCCUGAUUGUGAUUGGAGAGACAGGAUCUGGGAAGACAACCCAGAUCACUCAGUACCUGGCAGAGGCAGGUUACACUUCCAGGGGCAAGAUUGGGUGUACCCAGCCCAGAAGAGUGGCAGCCAUGUCGGUGGCCAAAAGAGUGUCGGAGGAGUUUGGUUGUUGCUUAGGCCAAGAGGUGGGCUACACCAUUCGAUUUGAGGACUGCACCAGCCCUGAAACAGUCAUCAAGUACAUGACAGACGGGAUGUUGCUCAGAGAGUGUCUGAUUGACCCUGACCUCACGCAGUAUGCGAUCAUCAUGUUGGACGAGGCACACGAGAGGACGAUUCACACUGAUGUGCUUUUUGGAUUGUUGAAAAAGACAGUUCAGAAACGGCAGGACAUGAAGCUGAUUGUCACUUCAGCCACCUUGGAUGCAGUGAAAUUUUCUCAGUACUUCUAUGAAGCUCCCAUCUUCACCAUCCCAGGUCGAACAUAUCCAGUGGAAAUACUGUACACAAAGGAACCUGAGACAGAUUAUCUGGAUGCCAGUCUGAUCACUGUCAUGCAGAUUCAUUUAACAGAGCCACCAGGUGAUAUCCUGGUCUUCUUGACUGGUCAGGAAGAGAUCGAUACUGCUUGCGAGAUCCUUUAUGAAAGAAUGAAAUCCCUGGGACCUGAUGUUCCAGAGUUGAUUAUCCUCCCAGUGUACUCUGCUCUUCCCAGUGAGAUGCAGACCCGAAUCUUUGACCCAGCUCCACCUGGUAGCAGAAAGGUCGUGAUUGCCACCAACAUUGCAGAGACAUCUCUGACAAUUGAUGGCAUCUACUAUGUGGUGGACCCUGGAUUCGUGAAGCAGAAAGUUUACAAUUCCAAGACAGGGAUCGACCAGCUUGUGGUGACACCAAUUUCUCAGGCUCAAGCAAAGCAACGAGCUGGCAGAGCUGGGAGAACAGGCCCAGGAAAGUGUUACAGGCUGUACACGGAACGUGCCUACCGAGAUGAGAUGCUGACCACCAAUGUGCCAGAAAUCCAGAGGACCAACUUGGCAAGCACAGUGCUGUCUCUCAAGGCCAUGGGCAUCAAUGAUCUGCUGUCCUUUGACUUCAUGGAUGCCCCUCCAAUGGAAACCUUGAUCACAGCCAUGGAGCAGCUGUACACUCUGGGGGCCUUGGACGAUGAGGGCCUGCUCACUCGCCUAGGCCGCAGGAUGGCAGAGUUCCCUCUGGAGCCAAUGCUGUGCAAAAUGCUCAUCAUGUCUGUGCAUCUGGGCUGCAGUGAGGAAAUGCUGACCAUCGUAUCCAUGCUGUCUGUGCAGAACGUCUUCUACAGGCCCAAGGAUAAACAAGCCCUUGCAGAUCAGAAGAAGGCCAAAUUCCACCAGACGGAAGGGGACCACCUCACCCUGCUGGCUGUGUAUAACUCGUGGAAGAACAACAAGUUCUCCAACCCAUGGUGCUAUGAGAACUUUAUCCAGGCUCGCUCCCUGCGCCGGGCCCAGGACAUUCGCAAGCAGAUGUUAGGCAUAAUGGACAGACACAAACUGGAUGUGGUCUCCUGUGGCAAGUCUACAGUCCGAGUGCAGAAGGCCAUCUGCAGCGGGUUCUUCCGCAAUGCUGCCAAGAAGGACCCACAGGAGGGCUACCGGACACUGAUCGACCAGCAGGUGGUCUACAUCCACCCUUCCAGUGCUCUCUUCAACAGACAGCCGGAAUGGGUAGUGUACCAUGAGCUGGUGCUGACCACGAAGGAGUACAUGCGGGAAGUCACCACCAUCGACCCCCGGUGGCUCGUUGAAUUUGCCCCGGCCUUCUUCAAGGUCUCUGACCCAACCAAACUGAGCAAGCAGAAGAAGCAGCAGCGUCUCGAGCCCUUGUACAACCGCUACGAGGAGCCCAACGCCUGGAGAAUAUCCCGGGCCUUCCGGCGGCGCUGAAGGUCGAGGUUGUCCCUUUGCCUCCUCUGCAGCCAUAGCCCAGGGCUUAGACUUACUUCCACUGAUGAAAAGCUGGUCCUGAGGAUACUGAUGAAAAGCUGUCCUGUGGCUGAAUAUCUUAACUGGGCAUUUCCUAAACUUGACUCUCAUUUCUUCCCUGGUGGUAAAAUAGAAACAGGGAUUUAAACCUGGCUUUGACUAGAGCCUCCAGCCCCCACCACAAGUCUUGGGGCCAGUCAGGGGCUUAUGGCCAACACGGAACACAUUGGAUCAUCUUCAAGAAAGGGCAGUUUGUGCAGCCCUGGCAUGGAAAGGGAGUGAGUGACUGUCAUGCUGUCUUGGUGAGGGCCCUGGUGCCCUAGCUGGGCUCUGGGUAGGUGGAAGCCUCGCCACUCAUCUGAAGUGUUGGCUCCAUUUCCUGCCCCCCUCUCCAGCCCCUGUACUUCGGCUUAACCUGCUGGAAAUAUUUAUUUUCUUAAGGAAACAAAAAGGGUUUUCUGUGACUGUUUCUUUUAGCUGAAAGGUUGGGAUAUUGGCCUGGGCUUAUUAAGGUGAGGGAGAUUUAGUAUCUGUGGCUCUGGUGCACGAGGGAAAAUCCCCUGAAACCAGAGCCCGGGGCCUCUUUGGGCUCUGACCUGACCUGAUGCACAGCCCAUGCCUCCAGUCUUGUCUUUCAGCACCAGUGCUUGCCCAGCUCUGCUGGUGGGUCACCCCAGGAUUAACCACAUCCACCCCACAGAGCACUUCAGUCUGGGGCCUGAGUGGUUGCAGGCCACAUAUUGAUGUAGAAGGGUCUUCCUCACUCCCUCCCCCACUUCCCCUCCCACCACACUCCCAAUGUGUAGCGGCUCCCAUUUCCUUCUGAAACGUGCUAAGUAAUGACACAGCUUUUAUUUUAUUUUGUUUUUAUUUUUUUCCCCUGAGGUCCUCAGGACUUUAACAAAGGGGUUUUAUGGUCAAAGCCUCCCUUCCCUCACCUCAAACAGAAAAGGAACUUAACACUUCUCAGAGCCUCAGAGCCAGCUUAUGCCGCUCAGUACCUGUGCUCAGGGGCUUGUUCUUAGUGGGUUUUUCCUAACACUUGGUUGGGGAAUGGCCACCUUCUAGUGCCCCCUCACAGCUCUCAAAGAGGCUCUUUACCUAGAGGAACAUCAGGCAGGUCUUGCUAGUUCCAAUUGUGGAACUUCUGGAAAGCUGGUCUAGAUGUGGGGCUUGUAGAGAAACUCCCUGGGAGAUUGGGCACAUCCCAUGUUAUGAUGGUGCACCCACAGCCUCCUCCCAUCCCCACAGUAGUAAGUCCUGAAAUUAUGUAAGUACUAGAACUACUGUAGAAUUGUAUGCCAGGCACCAAAAAAGACUAUACAACAUUCUAGGAUAUAAAGGAAUGUAUGUUAUCACUGGGCAGCAAAUAAACCACCCUAAAGAUACAAUUCAGAAAGGAUCCAAGCAAGAGGAAUAUAGGCCAGGGAGUCUGCUGACUGCAGAUCUCUGCUGUUUCGUUAAGCUGAGUGAGCACUGCCAGAUUCUGUUUGGGUAUGCUCCUUAGUAAGCCCAGGCUGCUAAUCAAGGGGCAGGGCAUUGCUGUGUAUUAACCUUUAAUGCCUUAUGGGGAGAGACAGUGCAGAGACCAACAACAUGACACCAAAAGGGUAGCAGGGGCUGGGGACCCAGCUCCUCAAUCUUAAUUCCAGCCUUGAUUGCCCCCAUUCAGGAACAAACUGUCCCAGCUGUGUGCACAGUACUGGUGUCCAAGGAGGGAGGUUUGGGUUUUUAUCUGAGGUUGAAAGGGGGUGUUUAAUAGGCCAAGGGUGAGGGAUGGCAGGGCUGAUCAUCUUUCUGGCUUAUGUGAACAAAGGAAGGGCCCCAACUCUGUGGGUGUUCCUGGACCACCUCUACCCUAGAGCUGGGGUCACUUCUCUGCUGCGACAACAUGGCUGGGGUCUGACCUUUUGCCUGUCCAUCAGGGAAGCCAUGUCGGCAGCAGAGCAGACCCUGCAAGAAGAGCGCUCCCGUCCAGAUUCAGGAGAGCUCAACCACUGCCCUCACACAAUGAGGCCCUUGUCUCUCUUCCUUGACCCAGUAUUUCCCAAGAUUGAGUGACAGCCCAGGAGAGGAUGUGGGUCUUGUGCAGACAGCUGGAAUCUUCUUGGCCAUUAAAGCAUACUGUUCACCCCAACCCAGUGGGAGCCUAGCUCAGGAGUUUCCUGCCCUUGCACGCGUGCCGAGUCUGUGCUUGUGUUCUGUGUAUGUGGGGGGACCAUCCCCUAGGUCAGACGUAAGCUGUACUGCUGGGUCAGGCUCCUGGGUCCAGGUUUGCCCCAUCCAGGCUGGAGCAGGAUUUGGUUUUGGCUGUCCCUCCGCCAGUCUGAAGAAUUUCCUCCCAGUGGUUGCUGUAGCUGUCUCAUCAGAGCAGUGCCCCUCCGAGUUUGAGGAUUUGAACAAAGAGCUGUGGAGUGGCUUGUUAAUGAACAGUUCAGAGGGCAGAGGUCAAAUGUCUCAGCCUGUGGAGACCUUUCCCUGGACACUGCUUCUCAUCUAAAUCCCUCCCUCAUCAAGUGCGUGCACUCAGCCCUCAGGGUUUCCACCUGAGUUUUACACCUUCACUUGGUGAUUGCUUGGCUUUAAUGUGGAAUUAUAUAUAUUUCUAAAAACUUGUUUUUUAAAA